UACCGCGAUAAUCCCAAUGCUCCAAUGACGUAGAACCACUCGACCCUAGCUAGCUAGCUGAUCCAUUGAUGAACCACGGCUCCAACAGCUGAACCACACUGCCACGGCCAACACUACCAGAACUAUUUAAACACGCGUCCGUGGAACGGCAAGUCAGGCUGAGCCAGCGGCCAUCACUCAGCGCCCUUUGCCAAUUGCCAUCGUCGAGCAGACACCUGCUUGGUCUCUUGCCGCACGUACGCACAGGGAAACUAGCAGCAAGCUAGAGAGCUAUGGGGAGUGUGGCCGAAGAGAGGGCUCUCGGCUUCGGCGGCCUGGUGAGCGACCUGAGGGAGGUGUACGAGAGCGGCAGGACCAAGGACCUGGAGUGGAGGCAGUCGCAGAUCAAGGGGCUCAUCAGGCUCAUGCAGGAGAAGGAGGAGGAGAUCUUCGACGUGCUCCGCGAGGACCUCGGCAAGCACCGCGGCGAGUCAUUCAGGGAUGAGGUUGGGGUUCUGGUGAAGUCCGUCAAAGACAAGCUGAAAAACCUCCACAAGUGGGCGGCUCCGGAGAAGGCUGACGCGCCGUUGGUUGCCUUCCCGGCGACCGCGUUCGUGGUGCCGGAGCCACUCGGGGUGGUGUUCAUCUUCUCCUGCUGGAAUUUCCCAAUAGGCUUAGCUUUAGAGCCUCUCUGCGGAGCCUUGGCGGCCGGCAACGCCGUGGUGUUGAAGCCAUCCGAGCUCGCGCCGUCCACCUCCGCGUUCCUCGCGGCCAACAUACCCAAGUACCUGGACUCCAAGGCCGUGAAGGUCGUCGAGGGUGGCGCGGAGGUGGGAGAGAAGCUCAUGGAGCACAGAUGGGACAAGGUCCUUUUCACCGGCAGCGCCCGUGUGGGGCGCAUCAUCAUGACGAAGGCAGCGAAGCACCUGACCCCGGUUGCGCUUGAGCUCGGCUCCAAGUGCCCGUGCAUCGUCGAUUGGCUGGAUGGUAGUAGGGACAGCCAGGUGGCUGUGAAUCGCAUAACCGGGGCGAAAUGGUCAGCUUGUGCCGGUCAAGCUUGCAUCGCCAUCGAUUACGUGCUGGUCGAGGAGGAAUUUGCACCGAUUCUGAUCGAACUGCUGAAAUCAACACUGAAGAGAUUCUUCACCAAACCAGAGCACAUGGCGCGCAUUCUGAACAAGAAGCACAUCCAGAGGCUGAGUGACCUUCUGGAGGAUCCCAGGGUGGCGUCUUCCGUGGUGCACGGCGGGUCCGUCAACCCCAAGACCCUGAGCGUCGAACCCACCAUUCUGCUGAACCCUCCGCUUGACUCUGACAUCAUGACGGAGGAGAUAUUCGGCCCGCUGCUCCCGAUCAUCACGGUCAAGAAGAUCGAAGACAGCAUCACGUUCCUCAAAUCGAAGCCGAAGCCGCUGGCGAUCUACGCCUUCACCAGGAACGAGAAGCUGAAGCGCCGGAUCAUAGAGGAGACGUCAUCCGGGAGCGUCACAUUCAACGACGCGGUGGUGCAGUAUGGACUGGACAGCCUCCCGUUCGGUGGCGUGGGGCACAGCGGGUUCGGGCAGUACCACGGCAAGUACUCGUUCGAGAUGUUCAGCCACAAGAAGGCGGUGCUCAAGAGGAGCUUCCUCAUCGAGUUCAUGUUCAGAUACCCGCCGUGGGACGAAAGCAAGAUAGGAAUGCUCAGGCACGUCUACCGCUUCGACUACGUCAACCUCUUCCUCGCGCUGCUCGGCCUGAGAAGAUGAAGUAGCCGCCGUCCGCUGGCCAGCCGGAGAAAGUGGCCGGCGGUGAGCGAAGAGAAAUUGCCCCUACCGUUGCCAAUGGAAGUGUGAGCAACAGCCGGUUAUGGAUUCGUUUAGAUUUGUCGAUGGAUGUGUAAAAUUAUCCUGUAUACACCAAAGCCAGUGUACGUGUCUGUCAGUUUAUUGCACCAACAGAUUAUAAUUUCAUCAUCUAAUACACUCCGAUUUAUGUUUUUUUUU